UUUUUGAAAUUCUCAAAAAGAACGAAACCCAAGAGAACAGAUUUCUUAGCUUCAGCUUUGCCUUCACCUGCUGAUUCAAUCAGGUAGUUACCCCCUUAAUUUAUCGUGUUCAAAGCUGUUCACUUUUACUCUUUUUUAUUUUAUUUAGUUUUUUUUUAUGGAUAAAUGGGUCAAAUACAGUUAGUGGGUAGUUUUACUUAAUAGCAGAAGUUGCAGUAGAGAGAGACAUGGCUUGUUUUUCUCUUGCUUUCAGUAAUGGGUUCUUGGUAGCCCGUGACAAGUUCGGAUUUUGCGGUGGAAAAACCAAGUCUUUGAGGAUAUGUGAACGUUUUUGUUGUAAUCGUGCAUUUCCCUUUGCUUCUGUGAUGGGAUUUCAUAGAUUUUACAAAUCUCAAAAUGGGUUGCUUUGGAAUGGAAAUAUUAGCUCAUUGGUUAAUAAUGGUUAUUGUAGCGUUUCCCCAUUUGGGUUAUGCAGUUGUUAUAAUUUGCAAAAUGGGUUGCCUUGUGAAGAUGAGAUUGAGAUAUUGAGGAGUGGGAACAAUGGAGAUAAUAAGCAGGCCUAUUUGGGGAAAAGAGAAAGCGGUCGAGUGAAAAGGAGAAGGAGAUUUUCGUUAAGGUUACGCCCGAGGUUUCGGUUGUUGACUAUAAAAAUGAAAAGAGCUUCACUUGGUUCUGUGUUGAAUGAUGUUGGGGCUUUUUUGAGAAAGAAUAUGAGGAUGGUAAUGCUUUCUGCUUCGCUUUCUGUUGCACUGGGGUUGUGCUAUCUGUUUCUGAAGAUAACUUCAUUGCCAUCUCCAAAAAUGGUUCCAUAUUCAGACUUGAUCGCGAGUCUCCAGAAUGGUUCUGUUACCAACGUUCUGCUCGAAGAGGGAUCUCGUCGUAUAUAUUAUAAUACGAAAAUGCAGAAUAUAGAAGAUACUGGAAUGUCCAACAGAGAGUCUACGGCAAUAAGUCUUCCAAAUGAAAGUGUGGCAAAUAAUGUUGUGAGCGAUGAUGUUUCAAAACCAGUCCAGCCGGUGAGUGCAAAUGUAAUGAAGAAAUUUCUGAGGAAACGAGCUUCAACCCCAGAAUGGCAGUAUGCCACGAGAAAAGUAGAUCAUGAUGAGGAGUUUCUUCUUAGUUUGAUGAGAGAGAAGGGGACUAUAUAUAGUUCAGCCCCUCAAUCAGUGCUGAUGUCAAUGAGGAGUACUUUAUUAACUGUGAUAGCACUGUGGAUUCCUUUGAUUCCGCUAAUGUGGCUACUUUAUCGUCAACUUUCUGCUGCUAAUAGCCCGGCAAGAAAGCAGAAACAUGAUUUGGAGAUGGUCGGCUUUGAUGAUGUUGAAGGUGUUGAUGCUGCUAAGUUGGAGCUCAUGGAGAUAGUUUCAUGCCUGCAAGGAGCUAUUAACUAUCAAAAGUUAGGAGCAAAAUUGCCCAGAGGCGUGUUGCUGGUGGGUCCACCAGGAACAGGGAAAACGUUAUUGGCCCGUGCUGUGGCUGGAGAGGCGGGUGUACCAUUUUUCAGUGUUUCGGCAAGUGAGUUUGUGGAAAUGUUUGUUGGAAGAGGGGCAGCUCGCAUUAGAGACCUUUUUCGUGUGGCAAGAAAAUAUGCACCUUCAAUUAUUUUCAUCGAUGAACUUGAUGCCGUAGGAGGAAAGCGCGGUAGAAGUUUCAAUGAUGAACGUGACCAAACAUUAAAUCAGCUGCUGACAGAAAUGGAUGGAUUUGAGUCAGACAUAAAGGUCGUAGUUAUUGCAGCAACUAAUCGACCUGAAGCAUUGGAUCCAGCCCUUUGCCGGCCAGGUCGCUUCUCGAGAAAAGUACUCGUGGGAGAACCAGAUGAAGAAGGAAGGAGAAAGAUCUUGGCUGUACAUUUGAGAGAUGUUCCUCUGGAGGAAGACAUGAAUCUAAUAUGUGACCUAGUUGCUUCUCUGACCCCAGGUUUUGUGGGCGCUGAUCUUGCAAAUAUCGUUAAUGAAGCCGCUUUACUUGCUGCUCGUGAAGGUGGUGAAACUGUGACAAGAGAAGAUAUAAUGGAAGCAAUUGAAAGAGCAAAAUUCGGUAUCAAUGAUAAGCAGCUUAGGCCUACCGCACUAAGCAAGGAGCUAGGGAAACUGUUUCCAUGGCUGCCGUCUUUGAUGAGAAAGAAUGACACAAGAGAGGAAGGGUUUCAGGGACCACUAGGAUAUCAAACUUUAAGCUAAAGAAUGCGUAUAUAUUGAGAUUUUUCUUGUAACUCAUCUUGCAUUUUAUACUUGAAUAUUCAUAUAAUUUCUGAUGAGUAAGAACUUGAUUUAUUGUCAUCUGUUCAACACAUAAUGUGAUAGCUGGGAAUGAUUUUGCAUUAAUUCCCAUAACGAUUCGA